AUUUUGUUGCCCUACUUCGCCCCACCUUCAACCGCCAGCCACUUAAGCAUCUCCUUUUAUCUCCCUCCCUCCAAAAUUGCGUGUUUUUGUUCGUAUACUCAUAUUACAUUUUACUUCACCUACAGUAUUUCUUCUGUAUUAUCAAUCAAAUCAAUUGUAGGUGUAAUUACAAAAAGAAAAUCGCAGAAUAGCGUCAAUUUUCGCUGCAUUCGCGUGAGGAUAGAGAAAUGGAUGAAUCUAGGGAAAGUGUUGCAUCCCCUACUAAUUCCCAGCAAACUGUUUCUGAUGAUGAUGAGAUAGAUUACUCAGUAAAACCGGAAUUUUAUGAUUCUGAUCUUGAUAACAAGGAUGAAUCAUGGGUGUCCAGCAAGAGGAAAGGUAAACGAACAGACGCGGUGCUCAGCUGUCCUGCCUGUUUCACCACGCUUUGUCUCGAGUGUCAAAGGCAUGAAAUCUACCUGACCCAGUAUAGGGCCAUGUUUGUUGUCAACUGUGAGAUUACAGACAAAAAGGUUUUUCCUCAUGGGAGCAAGAAACGGAGAAAGAAUAGGAAAGCGAGGAAGCCUGAGGAAGCUGAAGAAGAAAGCUCAACAAGUGUUGAAGCAGUUAGCCAAGUUUGUUGCUCUGUCUGCUCUACAGAGGUUGGAGUUAUUGACAAGGAUGAGGUUUAUCAUUUCUAUGAUGUCCUUCCAAGCGAGUCUUGAGUCUGCCAAACAUCUCUGUUUUUCCAUGGAAGAUAGAAGUACUCAAUUCCUUUAUGCUCACACUCGAACCCUUCUCAAAAGAUCAAGGUCGGUCGGUGGUGCAAACGCUAGGGGAUCCCGCCAAUUAUCUUCCUUGUGCCGUACAGGUUAUUUGACUUGCACACAUCCUUGGUCCGUGUUUCAAGACGGGCCGAAUUGGGGGCCCGCAGACUACGCUUGGAGCGCACAGGUGCCAAAGCACGCAACAUACUAUGUUAACAUAUUAUCCUUUUUUUAAGGUUCAUUAGGCAUCAUUUCAUAUGUAAUAUUGGGGAUCAUCUUCAUUUGAGUAUCAUCGCCCAGUGAGGAGAAAAAACAGGUUGUGGAUGCCGACAUGCGUUAAAUUGAGUAUCAUAUAUUCAUCUUUCAUAUCCCAACUAACAAUUUGGGUGUUGCUCAUAAGUAUAAAAAUUCGAAAAUUGGGUGCACGAAGAUCAUA